GCCUCAGGACAUUGCACUCUGCUUCUCAACCAAAAACAAGGCUGUUCUCAUAGGAUUGCUGCUACCAGGAAACUAAUUUUGCUCAGACUCUUGGAUUGAAUCAAAGCUUUACUUUCUCCAACUCUUUAAGUACUGGAUACUGGAGAUUGGAUACUGAGAUGUUGCUUGAAUAAGGAAUUUUGGGCUUAAUUUACAACCACCAUUAUUGGGAAACUCCCCCUGAAGUUAUUUUUGACUUUGUGCUUUAUUGUUGGAAUGACCAAAGGUACCGUUGCUGGAAAGAAUUUGUAGGAGUUGUUGCCUUCCCUGUUUGGCUGCGUUUCUGUUUUCUUGGAGCUGUGAGCUUCACUCCCAGAACAAGUCAGUGAGCUGUUUUCUACCUGCAGUAACAGUGGGGUCUGUCAGGUACUCAGGAGGUCACGGAGGACGUGGAGCUGGAUGUAUGAGACAGCUUCAUGGGCGUGAAGGACCAUCUGGAGGAUGGAACAGGCCACAUGCAUAGCCUGGAGCUGGAUCUGGACUACCUCCACGUGGAAGGUGCUGAACGGCAGGUCGGCCUGAGCACUGUGACGGUCGCUGGUAAUUUAGGGGUCUUACAGGUCACAGAAGGUGCCCAGAGUAACAGCAGUAACAGUAGCACAAGCUUUAGUACUAAUUCAUGCUACAGCAGCAGCAGUAGUUGCAGUAACUUCUCUGACAGUGACGAUGAGCGGCUCCAGAAUGGGUCCAAUUCAGAAACUCCAAACCCUCAGCAAGAACAGCAGGAUGUACACCUCCAAGAGUCCUCUUCAGUCUUUCAGACAGUCAGGCUGGACCUGUCUCCGAACCGAACCCCUGCAGACCCCCCACAGCCAGAAACAUCAUCUCCCACUGACCCCGCCACAGAAUACCGCGCCAAAGUGGAGUUUGCUCUCAAGCUAGGCUACUCUGAGGCGCUGGUGCUGCUGGUGCUGAGGAAACUGGGCCCCGACGCACUCAUCAAUGACAUCCUGGGUGAGCUGGUCAAACUGGGAACCAAGACAGAGAUGGAGCAACAAGGAGGUUCCACUGCCUCCCAGUCUCUUUCCUCCUCUCCUUUGUCCUCUUUGAACGGCUCCUUCGCCUCCUCUAACAACUCCUCUCUGGACUCCUGUCGGAUGCUGUGUCCGUCCCAGCUUCUGGACGACAAAGAGAACCUCAGACCAGUUGUUGUUGAUGGAAGCAACGUAGCCAUGAGUCAUGGAAAUAAGGAGGUAUUCUCCUGCCAAGGCAUCCAGCUUGCUGUUGAUUGGUUUUUGGAGCAAGGCCACAGAGACAUAACUGUUUUUGUCCCUGCCUGGAGAAAAGAGCAGUCCCGCCCCGAUGCUCUUAUCACAGACCAAGACGUCUUACGGCGACUAGAGAAAGAGAAGAUUCUGGUCUUCACUCCGUCUCGCCGUGUGCAGGGACGCAGAGUGGUUUGCUACGAUGACCGCUUCAUCGUCAAACUGGCCUACGAGUCCGCCGGCAUCAUUGUUUCCAAUGACAACUACCGUGACUUGGCCAAUGAAAAGCCAGAGUGGAAGAAAUUCAUUGAUGAGCGUCUACUGAUGUACUCUUUUGUAAAUGACAAGUUCAUGCCACCAGAUGACCCUUUGGGACGACAUGGACCCAGUCUGGAGAACUUCCUGAGGAAAAGGCCUAUUAUUCCUGAGCACAGGAAGCAGCCGUGUCCUUAUGGUAAGAAAUGCACAUAUGGCCACAAGUGCAAGUUUUACCACCCUGAAAGAGGCAGCCAGCCCCAGCGUGCCGUGGCUGAUGAGCUUCGUGCCAGUGCCAAAAUGUCAUUAGUAGCUUCUAGAGGCCUGCUGGAAGAUGCCCUGACAGUGAAAAGCCAAAGUUACGGUGUAGCAGUAGGAAUGGCCGAGGCUGAGCCAAAUCAGAGCACCCCAAAGAAACAGCCGAACCCCAGCCUUCAGAGCUCCUUAACUGACCUCGUGGAGGACAGGUUUCGUAUCCAGUCCAAAGUGGAUGGGCGUCGGGGAAGCAGCAGUAGCAGCAGCAGCUGUAGCAGCAGCGUUAUUGGGUAUCCUGCUCCAGGCGGGCCCCCGUCAUUAGGAAGCUUUGACCACUGGGAGCAUCCUGGGGUUACUGGUGGAGGGAGGGCUUCUGGAGCCUCUGGACCAAGCCAGGCUGAAACCUACCACAGAUGUGAGUCUCCAGAGCCUAGCUACAGCUCAAUGGUAAAGAACUACUCCAGCCUCGGUCUGGUUGUGCCACAGAGUCCUGAACGCUUCUUCCCUGCUGAUCUGAGAGGUGGAUCGCUGCUGUCAGACUUUGGCAGUGAAGGAAGCUUAAGCUCAGACUCUUUCUCCCCUGACCCCGUGUUAGACGAUGGCCACAAGUGCCACCAUCACCACCACCAUCCUCACCACCAUCAUCACUGCUCUGGCCAGUUUUCCCACGCUGUAAGCCGUGUUCCUCCUGGAUUUGGCCAGCAUCCUCAUGGCUAUCCUGUUCCUCAAGCUCUGCGGAGAAAACAUGAUUAUGUCCUUGAAGACCUGCCAGCUUCUGUUACCUCUCAUGGAUCUCCUCGUCCCUUCCAGUCCCCUUCAGCCUACAUCCCACCUCACUUUCAGCAUCCAUUUGGGAGCAGUUUCCAAGGGGAAUUUUCAGCUCGGUCACCCCAAACGGCUCACUCCCACGUUCAGAACUCCCCUCUUGGCCGCAAUUUGAUGGGCUCCGUUUGGCAGGAUGGUGGGCUCCAGGACUCCCAAAUGUACAAGGGGUCGCCACUUCAAUCCCGAAGGAACCACUCUGUGAUUAACCCACCACUACAGCAUCAGAUGAACUGGGACCCACAUUACCAGCAGUCCCCUAAGCCUUGUUAUGAUCCGUAUGCUUUCCAGAGCCUUCCAGAAGUCCAUGAGAAGGCUUGGCACUCUCCUUGGGGCAGGCAAACCCAUUCGUCACCGCAUGGCCUUUCAGCAUCAAGUCUUCCACCCGUUCACCAGUUAUCCCUUCCACCCAUUACUACCCACAAAAGCCACCUGCCCUCAGUGCCUCAGCACCAGGAGCCUCCUGCCUUAGGUCGAUACCAGGACCUCAGGGAGAGGGUGUUUGUUAACUUGUGCCGCAUCUUCCCGCCAGAUUUAGUGAGGAUGGUAAUGACCAGGAAUUCUCAUAUGGUGGAUGCUCAGGAGCUUGCAGCUGCGAUUCUGAUGGAGAAAUCGCAGCACGGUUCUUGAAUGAAGUUACAGUUUCAUCUUAACUGAGAUGUCUUCUGCAGGUUUUCUGCCUUCGGUCAUCUUAGUUAUUCAAGUCAGGUUGGACUUACAUAGACCAAAAGCACAAGAUACAAAGCUCCUUAAGUUGUUAAUGGACUGCUUCUUUUAUUGCAGGGAAGUCUUGUUAAUUCUAAUGGUAUUUUUUGUAAAGGGAGAUCCCCAAAUUGCCAUAUUUUUCUAUAAUAUGUCUGCUAUUUCAGCACUUAAGAUCAGGUAAAGUCGGGGUUUAAUUUUAUUGUUUGAGCAAGGGAAAUUGGGGUGCUUAGGGAGGCUUUAAAUGUGUCAUAAAGGGUGACAGUGUUGUCAAUUUUAAAUUAAUUAAUUUGUUAUAUUUUAAGUUAUUUACAUAUUUUGAAAUUAUUAUGUUUUUUUGCACUUUUUUGUUAUUGCUGUGUUCUCGCAGCUUUUCUUUUCGGCAAUCAUAUCAGGGUAUAGCUCAAAUUCGUACUUUCCAUCUGGGUGAAAUACUUCUGUUUUCCAGUCACUGAGAUGAUGACAGCUUGGGGUGUGUAAAGGAAUCUACUAAAUUAUAAAACUUAAAUACACAUUUUGAAUAUUUUCCUACCGUAUUCAAUGCUCAGAUUAGCUCAACAAAUGAAGCAAGGGUUUCUCUGUAUACUGACAGGUGGCCGAUCAGUUGAUAUUUGGUGGAUUUUCCCCACAGGGAAGUGAAACUCAAGAGGCACCCACAAAAGAAGAUAGCAAAAACUCCACUCGAAAACCCCAAGCUGUUGUUCACUUUCACAAAAAGAGUUUAUUUCCUCUGGUAGGAUAGCCCUGUCAGCUGACUUCACGCUUUAUCAGCUUUCAGUGCUGACUUCUUUUUUUGUUUGCAACACAACUUCUGUUCUAUCUUUAAAUCAUGUCAAAGUUCAAUAUCAUAUGACUGUGGCAGUAGAGCAUGGUCACCAUAAAUGUUUAGGUGAGAGAAGAAGAUUGUUGGUAUUUUUAUGAUUUUAAUUUAAAAUACGUGUUAAUUUAUUACCUUUAAUGUGUGUGAAUGUCUGUCUUGCAUGAAACACAGGGUCUCCUUUGUCAGUGGUGACACCAAAGGGAAGGUUCAGCCCCUCAAAUAGGGUAUAACUCCCUUGUGCCCCUCUGUUACAUUCAUAGCUUUGCAGUAAAAGACAGGACAGGUGAAAGUUGGAAAACGCCUUCUUAAAAGUCAAAUCUUCCCUCAGAGUAUGACAACACUGGAAAUACUUGUACUUAGAUCGUAGAUUUUAGUUUCACAAACCUUUUUCUCAGAGGCUCUGAUUAUCUCAUUGGUUAAAUUACAACUUAAUGGUUGAGUAAAUAAAUACAUGAGGUUAAUUUAAAAAACGAUAAGUGGUAAUAAUCUUUUUAAAUUAAUUUCUGACCAUCAAGCAGCAUGGUCAUCAGAAUACAAUUAUUAAGGCAGCAGUAAGCUAAUAUGAAUUGUUGAAAUGUGGCAGCCUAGAUGGCUUUUUUCUAUGUAUUAAUUGAAUUAUCACACUUAAACAAAUCUCUAUGUAAUCUACAUUUUUUUUUAAAACAAUCGGAAGAGAUAAUUAGUAUAAUUUAUAUAAUAACAGAUAUUUGUAUUACUACUAUUUCAUUACCAUGUCAACCAAUGGGAUUAUCUCAAUGUCUGAAGAACUGUUUGGAGAACUAAACUAACUUUUGCCUGAUUAUCUUAAUAUCUAGUAGCCAGAUGACACUUCUCUUUGUUGAUACAAAUUGUAUCCUAUAAACAUUUUUAAGAUCAUAAGUUUUAUAAAAGAAUAUAUGAAAAAAAUAUAUAUUUCGAGUUGAAUAUUUUGAGUAUUUGUGGCAAACUUUGUCACCUUUGGUACUUAGCCUAUAUUUAUAUGAGGGGUUUUUUUAUUCCCUUUUUUCAAUGGGCAAGAAACAGAAACUGAUAUUGUUUCUUUAAACUGAAAGCAUGAUACAAGCAUGGUACUGUGUAGCCCAAAAGCUACUGACCGUGGUUGAAAGGUGUUAAAAAUAACAAAUAUGGUUAAAAGGGGAUGUAGUCUUAUUUCUCAUGAGACAGAUUGGAGCCUUGCUAGUGUCACAGUCCACCACAGAACAGCAUUUCUGAAACCUUUGGA